AUGACACCUCUCACCGAAGUUGCUGACAACAAUGCUGGUGAAACGCUUAGGAAUGUACCAAGUCAAUGGUCCGAAGCCGGAAAUGACGAAUACUAUGGCAUAGAACGCAGGACUAGCCAUGAAGAAGAAGACAACUCAGCAAGUGUCUACCAUACGGCAGCUUCUUCACCCCUUUCACCAAUUUCUAGUGAUCAUGGAAGUAUUAACUGGUCCAAUUUGGCCGAGCCAUGCGCAGUCGCACAAAAACCAACCACCUGGUCACCUCUACAGCAGAAACAACAACCAUUGAUAGAUAGACAUAUGGAAGCAGCUGGAAAGUUUCAACGGGGCUCAAGCAAUUACGUCUACUUUCGGGUGAUCGUACGACGCGACAAAACUGGUUAUGGUCUGACAGUUUGCGGAUCUAGGCCAGUAACAGUGAGGAGUAUCAGACCCGGUAUGAUUAGUAUCAUUUAG